AUGCCGGCCACAUACCCCAUCGGCACACGCGCCGAGACCGAACGGCUCGUCAAAGACUGGGGCUUCCAUCACGUAUUCACAUGGACCGAUGGGAGUAAGGGCUACUACGCGCCUCACAGUCACCGGGGCCUAACGACCCAUCUCAUCCGUCAGGGCACAUUUACCAUCACGUACCCCGAUGAGAAUUUCAAUGGCGAGGUGAAGAAGGAGACGUUUGGACCUGGGGCGAGGAUUGAUGUUCCGGCUGGGAAACUUCACGAGGUAUGGAUUGGGGAGGAGGGAUGUGAGUAUGUGAUUGGCGAGUAG